CACAAUUGACUGCUUUUUAAAUUAUAUUUUAUAAAUUUUAGAUAAAACCGCUCAAUGCAAAAUAAUGAUUACGUGAAAGCAAUUCAUUUUCAAGUGAAAAUUCAGUUAAACGCCUUUUAUUUGUUUAAAAUCGCAAGACUGUGUAGUGUAGUGAGAACGAGAACUCUGUGUUUAUUUUAUCAAUAAUGUAGUUGAUAUGUACCACCUACAGAAGAUAUUUGUAAAUAUCAGUUAUGCUAGGAAAUGAAUACUCAAGGAAGUUGAAAAAUUUCAUAUUAUGGAAAAUGACGACCCCAUGUUAACAAAAACCCAAAGACUUGUUUUGGGAUUUUUAGUUUUGAUUUUAGUUGAUGUUAUUUGGGUAUCUUCUUCAGAAUUGACAAAGUUCAUUUACAAGAAUGAAACUUUCGAAAAACCAUUCUUUUGUACGUAUAUCAAAACUUCGAUGUUCACUUUGUACCUGUUGGGCUUCCUAUUUUGGCCCUCCUGGAAAGACAGUUGUUCGAAACCCUCAAACUACAUUUACCUACAGACAGAAGACGACGACGAUAACUACAUUACCGACGCCAACUGCGGAAGCAGUCUCAGUAAUCCCGUAUACGUACCUGUCAAAACUCCCGAAAGGGAAAACUGGGACAGAAGUUCUGGAACUGAAAGCGACGAUUCCACAGUACGCUCCGUAAGAUUUAACAAAUUAGCUGAAGUCAGGCACAUGUCAGAAACUGAAGCUACUGAAGCAUUACUAGCAAGGCUUUCUUACCAAGCGAGUGUAAGAGCGAGUGAGAUGGCUAAAAGGGCUGCAAAUAGACUGCCAAUUGCAAGAGUCGCUAAAAUCGCACUAAUUUUUUGCUUAUUAUGGUUUAUUGCCAACUACACAUACCAAGUAGCCUUGUCAGAAACGGAAGCAGGAAUAGUGAACGUUCUAUCGUCAACUUCUAGUUUGUUCACGUUAGUUCUUGCGUCGAUUUUUCCCUCGAAUCCGAGUGACAAAUUUACGUUGUCGAAAUUAGUAGCGGUUUUUCUCAGUAUUAUCGGAAUAGUGUUGGUAAGUUUUUCUGAUCUCACUAUAGAAUCAAAACUGCCAUUUGGUGCAGUUUUAUCGCUGUUUAGCGCGUUUUUUUACGCGACAUACCUCGUUUUUCUCAAAAGGAAGGUAGACCACGAAGAUAAAAUUGGAAUUCCAUUGUUUUUCGGUUUUGUCGGACUAUUUAAUCUCCUUCUUUUAUGGCCACUAUUUUUCUUUCUACAUUUUAGUAAAUUAGAAAUUUUCGAAUGGCCUACGAGGGAACAAUUACUGCUGUUACUAUUAAAUGGUUUAUUGGGAACAGUAAUAUCAGAAGCACUCUGGUUAUGGGGCUGCUUUCUGACAUCUUCUCUUAUGGCUACCGUCGCCAUGAGUUUGACAAUACCGAUGACCAUGUUAGCAGACGUACUACUCAAAGAAGUACCUUACCCAAUACUAUUUUACACGGGCACGUUACCAGUGCUUGUAGCCUUCCUAGCUGUCACUGUUCUCUCACAUUACGAGAACUGGGACCCAGUGUUCGAUAUUUUACAAUGUGCCUAUCAAAACGUCUGCAAAAAGAGCAGAUUUAUUCGUUCUAGGUUUAAAGAAGCCGCUUCGGAACAAACGGAGGCUCUGAUAGGCAUUAAUUCGUGCGAGCAUGAAGCGUAAACAGAAACAACAAUCAAGAAAUACUUUAAGGAAUCUCAGGCCUAUGAUAACCCAUGUCUACUGGGAUUAUUGAUACAAGCUAAUGCUUCACAUUCCAUAAACAAACAUAAAGCGCUCAGUAUUUUAGUUUUUCAUAAAUAUUAUGCAUUUAACUGUAGGAAGAAGAUUAUAUACGCUGAGAAAUAAGCCAAAUAUAUACAGGGCGGGCCAAAGAAAAAAGUUUACCUCGAUAUUUGGCAGUAGUUAUUAGAUUUGUGUGUCGAUUUAUCUUGAUUUGACCUUGAAAUAACCUUCAGCUAGACGUGAGAGAGGUCAGCGGACCCCGAAUUCGUGAUCAGCGACCCCAAGGACACCCCUAGUACACUUUUUCAGAGCGAUUGACGAUUUUUCUUGAUUUGACCUUGAAAUGACCUUUACCUAACGUGAUAGAGAUCAAUGGACCCCGGAUUCGUGAUCAGCGACCCCAAAAACGCCCUUGUUAUAUGGUUUCGUCAAAUAGUCCACAUUUUUUUUUUUUUUUUUUUGUAAACCUGUGUAAUGUUUCGGCGCCGUAAGUCAUGACUAGAAGAACACAUUUGUCGAACGUCUUCUUUUUCAAAUAAUUUGGCAUGUUGCUCUUGAAGAUGUCUGAUAGAGCUCCAUAUGCGGCCCAUGCUAAGGUGAUCUUUCUUUGUAAUUCGGCAGUUUGAUUGCCCCUGCCAAUUUGGAUUUCAUGCCCUAAGUAUUUAUAUUUAUGGACCAAUGCUAUUUCGGUGAAGUCGACUUUUGGAUUUUCGCUUGGUGCCCAAAAACACUUAUAUGUUUAAAUUUUGUGGUAUUUUCUUGCAUAUAUUCUUCUUUCUACUAAUCAAACGCAACUAUAUGUUUGUACUUAGGUUUAAUAGAUAAUAUAAAAGGAAACAAAUAGUUAUUGUGAUAUUAAGAGUUAGAAAAACAAAUAACACAACUGUAUGUAAACAAAAAAUUGUUAUCAUAGGCCGUCUUAAUUUUCCUAUGCGUAUUUAUAACAAACGUAUAUUAUAAUGUUCAUGAACAAUACGAGUACUAUAGAGUAUCAAAUUUGUAUUGGGUUAUCCCUUUUUAGACAAGGCGAAAACGGCGGGUUCGUUAGAAAAAAUAUUCCCAUGAGAUUUUUUUGCAUAAUCACAUUCGUGAGACAUUCCAGAAUAAGAUUCAAGAAGUCGCCCACGCAAAAGAUGGUCCAAAUUUUUUUAAACAAUUUUUUUUUUUCAACAAAUUGCAAAAAUCAAUAUUUUCGGUCCGGGCGUUUUUUUUAGGUUUAUUGAACCAUUCUGGACAAAAAAGGUCUCUUAUAAUUUUUCUCUAAAGUUGAUCUUUUUCGAGUUAUAAGCAAGUUAAAAUUUGAAAAACGCGAAAAUGGCCAUUUUUAAGACUUUAAUAACUCAGUUAAAAAUUAUUAUUAUGAAAGUCAGAAAGUAACUAAAUGAAAGUUUAAUUCCUUAAAGUUGUAACAUGUGGAGUACUUCCUUUGAAGGGGUUCAGAACUAUGGGAACUAGUAAAGGGAAAGAGGGUCUAUAGUGGGAGAACAAUGUACCCGACUGCUAUGGUUGCUUGACGGCUACUCGUGUUUUGGUUGGAAGCUGGGUCGCAGGCUCGUUUAAGAGGUUUGGCGAUGAGGAGUGCUAAAUACUGAUAAUAACAAAGAUACUUACAACUUCCAGAUAAUAUUUAUAAAUAGCGCCUUUUUCGAGAACUUCUGGAAAUCUUACUUGGGGUUCUUCUUUUCUUGUUGAUAAAACUAAAACUUUUUAGUGAUUAUUUAUAUUUUCGUUGGGAUUCCUAUCUAAAGUUUGAAUAAAACUCACUAAAUAACGAAAAAGGAAUGUGUGUGUACUUUGUACGCACGUAAGAAGUUAUACUUCUAUUACAUAUUAUGUGAUUUUAACGAAAUUGAUAUAAUGUAUUUUAAACAGUUUAUUUAUAUUUUAUGUAAAUAUUAACCUAAUUUUAAUACUUACUACUUUCCAAAAAUUUUUAUUAGACAAUACCAAAAAUUAAAAAAAAAUAUACAUACGUAGCAGAAGAAAGAAAUGCGAGAAGCACAAUUGACUACAUAGUAUAUCCUUGAGACGCAGACCUAACGACACAAAAUAUAAAAAGAAUGUGUGUGUACUUUGUACGCACAAAAGAAGAUAUUCUUCUAUUAUAGGUAAUUUAAACGAAGUAAAUAUAGUUAAAAGGUUAUUUGUACUUAUUUUAUUUAAAAAUCAAACUAACUUUCUUAUCUACCACUUUCAAAAUAGAAGAAUAUCUUCAAAAAUUAUAUAAUAAUAUAGUACUUACAAUCAUAAAAUCUAUAAAAAAAAAUAAAAAAAUAAUAACUUGCUUGGGGCUCGAACUCACUUCACUUCUACCGCGCUGUACGAAAUCUGACGGCAUGCCGCGGCAUUUCAAACUAGACCACAUCCGCGUGUACGUCAUAUGGGAAUAUAAACAAACUAAACGUUUACACCAUAAAUUUAUAUGAAUUUAAUAAAAUCAUUAGUUUGAUUUUUGUCGAAAUAAAAUACAACAAAGUAUAGUGUAAGAAAACAAUAUAUGAGAUGAAGAUUUUUAGAAAGUUUGUUCGUAAUCAGAUUAUGUAAAUUAAAGCAUUGCCUAAGGUAACUACAUUAUUUUGUUUACAUUUUCCUAAUAGAUAGGUAUUGAAACUAUUAGGUAUUUCCAACUGAAACAUUUAAAAUUACGUACCUGCGCCCUGCGGCUUUUCAAAACUAUUUAAAAACUCACUAUAAUUAUAAAUUUUAUUUUAUUUCUGUCCACACAUCAAUAAAAACUAAUAUUAUACAAUAUUUUUGUUUACCAUAAUCUCUAUAUUGAACAAUUAUUGACAGAUCAUUUCAAAAUUUCAACACCCAAUCAGAGCCCGUAUAACCACUAAUACCAUACUGUCGGUGUGCGCAUGCGCGUGGUAAAUCAAAUUUUACCCUCAAUAGAUUCGCCGCUAAAGAAGAGUAUCUUCAAAAAAUGAUUUCUGAACGAUAAUAAUUGUUGGCAAAAAUUUUAAAUACGCAUUUUCUGAAAAAAAAAUUAUAUAACAAAUAUACUUAUAAUCAUAAAAUGCAUAAAAAAAUAAAAACUUGCAUCGGGAAUUGAACCCGUGAAUUUCGGGACGCUUUGAUUCGUAAUCGAAGCCUAGACUCACUCAUCCAAUUACACAUUAUUUGUCAUGUGGAAAAAUAGGGCAACUGAACGUUUUACUGUUUGACAGUUGUUCUGAAUUUAAUCAAAUUAUGUAGUUUGAUUUUUGUGGAAGAAAAUAUUAAAAUAUAACAAAACAGUAAGAAAACAAUAUAUUAGAUGAAGAUUGGUAGAACUUUUGUUAGUAAUCAAAUUAAGUACAGUCGGAAAAAUGAAAGAAUACCCAUGAACGAACAUAUAAAACACGCUGUAUUUUCCUGUCACCGUGUCACAAAGAAAAUUGUCCAGUGCAAGUACAUGUAACAAUAAUUAUUACAUGUACUUGCGCUGGCCAAUUUUUUUGUGUGACACGGUGACAGGAAAAUACAGCGUGUUUUAUAUGUUCGUUCAUGGGUAUUCUUUAAUUUUUCCUACUGUAUGUAAAUCAAAGCAUUACAUACCUACUAGAUAAAUAAAUCUACGCCAAAAAAUCAUAAUUUAAAAAUAAAAAUCGGACCAAAUUUCGGAUUUCUCUCUAAAAUCCCCAUUCUUGAGAAAAUAAAUUUAUUUCAACCUAAUCCAAAUGUAUAAUUUCCAUGUAUAAUUUCCAUGUAUAAUAAAUAAUCAAACCACAGCUGUGCCACAGCCGCCAUAUUGAAUAAUUUUUGACAUGUCAUUUGAACUUCCAAUCAGAACAAAGUUAUAAUGUGACUGCGCCCAGAUUGAAGGUUUUAAUCAUAUUAAAAUUCACCCUCAUAUCGCGCCUAAAGAAGUAUAACUUCAAAAAUUGUUAUUUAGUGAGUUUAUUUACCUUUAUAGACUCAUUACCCUAUUUAAAACAGUUACAAGGUUAAGUCUCUUUCUACACCUUUAGAUUAAAACAAAAAAUAAUUACCUUUUCAACACUAUAUUUACUUGAAUUUAUAUUUGACGCAAUUUUUCUUCAAAUUUAGGGAGUAUGGUUUACACUUAUUAUUCCAAUGGGUACUCGUUAGUAGUACACGAGGCCUCCAUAUUAAGGCAUUUCACCACAAAGGACAAAGGAACCAUUGGAUAAUGGCGUAGCAAGGUAGUUAGGUACCACGCCCUAUUAUAAUACGAAGAUUUUAACUAAAUUCGACGAAAGGGCACUGAACUGGCUGUCACAACUAUAUAAUCCAUUCUAGGAACUAUCAGAUCACCCUUCUUUUGGGUAGUUCACAUGGAUAAAAGGCCUUUUGUGACUUCAAAAUAUUCUGCGGCUUAUCCCAUAUUUCGGACUGAGUCGAUUGGAUGGUUGUCCUCGACUCCUCUCCUCUCCUUUUCAUUUCAGCGAUCAACCGGCAUGUUUCACAGCCAAUCAUCGUCAAAAAAUUAUUUUCUCCUUAAAAGGCUUUGGACACACAAAGCGAAAGAUAUGGCGUAGAAUUUAAUUCCAAAAUUAUUGAGACAAAAUAUCAGGAACAUCUUCUACUCAAUAUGAAACCUUUUAUUACGUAAAAUAAAAUUCAAAAAUCGUGUCUAAUGGGUAUGGAAUCUUCCUACAGAUGUUGAAACUCACAACAAAACAGAAAAACGUGUUUUAUUCAAUUCUUCAUACGAAUUUUUGAACAGGGUUGGCUCUUGUGAAAUGUAGAUUGGAAUUUCAAUAAAAAAAUAAAAAAAUGUAAUGGGGUUUUGACAUACAGUAUUUAAUCUCUAAUAAACGGAAGUAAAUAAUUAGAAAAAUAUGCAGCCAAUUAUUUCUGCUACAACGUGCACACUCGAGUUAACUCGAGUGCGCUAAACUGGUCAAACUGUGCACACUCGAGAGUAUUCGAGCGGCGUCGAUUUAAUAUUACUAUAAUUUUUCACACUCGAAUGAAAUCAAGAAUUGAACAUAAUAAUUUGAAAGCAAAAAAAACAAUUGUUUUAUUGACAUUUAUAUGGAAUUGUAAGCUAUAACACUUACUUAUUUCAGUAUAAAAUAUUAUAAUCCUUUUUGUACUUAUCACGUACGACUUAUCUCUUCAUUGUGAACCACUUUCGACAAAUUUGCGUAUUCAUAUUCUGAUUCGCUCAUUUUUUAAAUAUAAAUAUAUCACGCUCCUGCGCAGUAAACAAAACAUGUUCCAAGAAAAAAAUGAUCGUUCAUCGAAUCGUCCCUCCGAUUAUUCUAACAAAAAUUGUAAUCGUCCAGUGACAGUUUCAUGACGAAUACUUCAUUAAUCGGAUAAUGCAAGUACUAGUUGGGCUGACCUGCGCACUAGGAACGCUUUUUACAUUAAAAAUAAGUUGAUUUUUUUUUGCCGGUCUUUUUCAAAAAAAAUUGUGCAUUAAGUGAUUAGCGGAGAACGAUUGAACAACAUAAGAUACGCUUAUGAUACUGUCAUUUUUGCAGACAGUCUUGAAGGUCUGCAGAUACUUGUCUCCAGGGUGGCAGAAGUAAGUAGCAGGUUUGGGCUUGAUUUUAACAUAAAAAAAAACAAAUACAUGGUUAUAAGCAAAAAUAGGAUACCACCUGGUCAAUUACUAGUUAACCAACAACCUGUAACAAAAAUCACAAACUUUUGGUAUUUGGGUGCAAACUUAAAUGAACAGUGGGACCAAUCGACGGAAAUUAAGAUAAGGAUCGAGAAGGCAAGAUCAGCUUUCGUCAAAAUGAAAAAAAUCUUUAACAGCCACGAUAUAAAAUUGGAAAUAAAAGUUCGUUUACUAAAAUGCUACGUAUUCUCCGUUCUUUUAUAUGGCGUGGAGUCAUGGACCUUAACUGAAGCAUCGCUGAAGAGACUCGAAGCAUUUGAGAUGUGGUGAUAUAGACGCAUGUUGAGGAUAUCCUGGAUAGACAGAGUUAGCAACGAAGAAGUUCUACAUAGAAUGAGUAAUGAGCGCGAACUAGUCGUAGCCAUAAAACGUCUCAAACUGGAAUACCUGGGCCAUAUAAUGCGCAAUGAACAACGGUAUGACCUACAUCGGACCAUACUUCAAGGUAAAGUGCAUGGGAAAAGAGGUCCAGGACGAAGAAGAAUAUCCUGGCUGCAUAACCUGCGAAAAUGAUUUAACUUAAACACUACCGGACUUUUCAGGGCAGCAGUCAACAAAGUCAGAAUAGCCAUGUUAGUGUCCAACAUCCGUAACGGAUAGGCACCAUAAGAAGAAGUGGUUAGGCCCCCCUACAUGGUCCUGAAAAAAUGUGUGUCAUUAAUUCAUUACUAAGCUGUUAUUUUUAAUUCUUAACAAUGAGCGGUAAGAUCGUAUUGACGUGGCUCUAAAUGUGAGUGCGAGUAAGAUGCACGAUUGGACUGCCGGAAUGGCAUCUCUUUCGCACUCGCCAUUGACGGCCGCCUAAUGCGUGCAUGGCGCUCAUUAUUAUUACUUAAAAAUAACAGCUAAGUAAUAGAAUAAUGACAACAAUUUCUUCAGGAUCUUGUAGGGGGGGGGGCUUUAAACUUUGAUUUAGUCACUUUCUGACUUUCAUAAUAACUUUUAACCGAGUUAUUAAGCCUUGAAAAUAGCUAUUUUACGUUAUUUUUUUUUUAAUUUUAAAUUGCUCAUAACUCGAAAACGAUCAACUUUAGAGAAAAAUUAUAAGAGGUCUUUUUUGUCCAGAAUGGUCCAAAAAGCCUAAAAAGAUUCGGGCAAAAAAUAUUGAUUUUUGAAAUUGGAUUUAAAAAAAUUUGGACCACUUUUCGCGUGGGCGACUUCUUGAACCUUGUUCUGGGAUGUCUCAUGAAUGUGCUUAUGCAAAAAAAUCUCAUGAGAAUAUUUUUCCAACGAACCCGCAGUUUUCGUCUUGUCUAUUUAGGAUACCACUUGAUAUUUCAGGAAAAUCAGGUUUGAUUUAGGAUUUAAUUUUCAAACUAGGAAAUAGAGGAUCGACGACAAUUGUAAAAUGAAACCUAUUUUAUUUGAUACAGUAUACUCUCUCUAUAACGAACACGGGUAUUAUGAGGUUUCGCUUAUAACGAGGUACAUUAGGUGUCCCAUGAAAUUCCUAUUGAACUAGUAACACUUCUGUAAUGAGGCAUAUUUGGUUAUAACGAUGGAAACUGAGAUCGAAGAACAUUUUCCCACUUUUCCUGUUUUUGGUGCGGUGAUAGAUAUAAAUAAAUACCCCAGCUGCCUGUAUACACAGAUGUCUAAAAUCUGUGUGCUUAUUUGUGAAUCAGCUUCCUGUCAUAUAAAUUAAAAAAUCGUGGAUGACGGCAGAGAUUUUUAGUGGAGAACUUUUAAAGUGGGACAGAGAGUUGGGACAUCGAAGAUUCUUUUAAUUGUUGACAAUAAUAAUUAUUGUACAGCCCAUAGAAGGAAAACGGAAUCCGUGGAAUGUCGUGGAUGCGGAAUUUGAGAGAGUGGUUUGGCUGCACCACUAAUGAACUUUUUAGGUCAGCUGUAAACAAAGUCAGGGUAGCCUUGAUGACUUCCAAUCUCCGAUAGGAGUGGCACAAGAAGAAGAAGUACAACCCAUCCGAAAGUUAACGGUUUAAAAAACAUUCAACUUCUUUUUUUACCUCCAAAUUGCACAUCUGUUCUGCAACCAAUGGACCAGGCAAUUCUUUUAAUUGUUGACAAUAAUAAUUAUUGUACAACCCAUCCGAAAGUUAACGGUUUAAAAAACAUUCAACUUCUUUUUUUACCUCCAAAUUGCACAUCUGUUCUGCAACCAAUGGACCAGGGCAUCAGAAGGUCCCUAAUAAUAAUAUUUAAUCCUUUCGGAUUGUUCUUGCACCAUUACAUCUUUAACCCUGUUUCAGGUAACUAGUAACACUAGCCCAGGGGAACUGACGGCUUAACGUACUCUCCGAAGCACGGUGAACGGCUCGUAUCAUUUUUAGAAAUAAUAAUAGAUUGUUGUUGCCCGGGCUGGAACCCGUACGCUCUGGCUUAUGAAGCCACGUAUCAUGCCGCUGAGCUACGGCCAUCCACAUAAGGUCCCUUAAGUUCACUACAGAAAACUUUUAGUUAAGCGGAUCUUGAAUAAUGUAGAAGUCGAAGAAGCUGAUAUCCUUUAGCAGAAGGGUUGAGAUUACAACAGCAAGGUCAAGGAGAACUAACCCAACUAAACAAUGUUGCUGGAUUCAUCGCCAUUGAUGAUGACGUCAUUGUUUGUGAUCUUCCGAAGGAUGGUGAAAUUAUGGCGGAAGUAAUAAAUUCGUCGGAGGAGCGCGUUAUCGUCAGUAACAAAAGUGAUGAAAAUGGAGGAGACAAUCACUCCAUCAAAAGCGCCAUUCAAACAAUAUUUAGCAUCUUAUAUUGCUCGAAAUGGCUUCACUAUAGAAAAUUAAUGUUUUAGAUAACUACUUAUUCAAAUGCAUACACAAUAUUAUUGUAGUCUAAUAUAACGAGAUCGGCUUAUAACGAGGUAAUUAGUCUUCAGUUCUCGUUGUAUAUGGAGUCUACUGUAUUAAAUACUAUAUUUAAUGGGAAUGCGUGAGAAAACGCGGUACUUGUUUGAAACACUGCUUUCUCACACCCAAGUGUUGGUGUAUAAUAGUGAAAACGCUACUCUUUGAUAACUUCAGAGUGUCAGCUAUCUCAUGCAACUUCACUUUAAGGUUUUUGACGAUAAUUUUCAACGUUUUUUCGUUGUGUUCGGAAAUAACUGCCUCAUUUGUCCUUCCCAAUCGCUCAGGAUCAUUGGUGUCGAUAAACUGCGUUUGACUGCUACAAACUCAUCUUUAAAUGGUUGAAAUCGAUGGAGCAGAGCAGCGAUUUCACUGUUUGAGCCAUUGCUCAGUUUAGCAAUGACAAACAUUGCUCAUUUUGUAUUUGAAAUGCUCACAAAUAGAACUGAGACCGUGGAAUUCUUUAGCUAGAUAGAAGACGAAUGUACACUCCAUGCAGAAUCAAUUGAAGACCUGAAAUGCUAAUAGAUCUAAGUGCCAUUUUUUACAAAUAUCCUUUUAUUGUUGCUAAGUGAUCUACAUAUGUCCAUAUGCCAAUGCGCUGCUAAAAGAUCUGUUGGAAUUUUUGUAGCCAUUCGGAGAGUGUUUGGCACAUAGAUCUUUUAGCAGUGCAUUGGCAUAGGGACAUGGAUCACUUAGCAACAAUAAAAGGAUAUUUGUAAAAAGGCACUUAGGUCUAUUAGAAUUGCAGGUCUUGAAUUAUGUUUGCUUCGCGACGUUUGGUUUACGACUGAUAGCUCCCUGUUAACCGAACAUCACCACCAGUGCGCAUCCAAGUAUCUAUACAAAGUGAAUUUGGUCAGACAGUAGUCUAGGUUGUUUUGGUUUGUAUUUUUCGUUUUUUUUUUAUGAUGGACUUGGAAUACGAGUAAAACCUUAUAAUGUCCGUCCCUGUAUUUGUGCUGAUUCGUUAUUAUAAAGUGCAAUAAGACACAAAUAAAAUACAAAGUACUAUAUAAAAUAUCAUGUUCCUAUUUCGGUACAGUUACUAUAUACUUUAUACUUUAUUCACUGCUAGCCAAAAGUGCCCUCCGCCUCGUAUCUUUUGACCGGUUAUACUUAUAAUAGUGAAAUUUGCAGGUACGAAAUAAACGGACGUAGCUUCUCACAUAGUCAUAACAGGUCUCAUAAUAGUCAUACAUGGUGUCAACACAUUUGUUGACCACAAAGACCAACACAAAUAUACAUUCAAUAACACCCGUAGACAAAGAUCUAUGAUAGAUUAUGUUGUAGUUGUAACCAACAGAGAUAUACAUCCAUCAAAAAUAACCGACGUAAGAUGCCUCAACUUAGCAGAUGUAGGUAGCGACAGUAGCCUAGUAUUAUGUAAAAUAGGAAUCAUUAUGAAAUAUUUCACACCUAAGAGAGCAGCACCAACACAAACAAAAAUCAAAGUCGAAGGACUACAUACGGAAUCCACGGAAUACUUAUACAGGAAAAGAAUGUCAAAGAUUGUUGAGAAUGGAAUAUUAGAAAACGAUAACAUCGAUGAAAGCUGGCAAAAACUCAAAGAUAACAUAAUCGACGCUGCAACAGAAUCACUAGGAGAGAGAAAAGUAACGAAUACUCACAUAUUAAAGAAGAAAACCCCGUGGUUUAGAGAGUAAGUUAAGUUAAAAUGCGAAGAAAGGAAGAAAGCCUUUUUAAAAUACAGAACAAAACAAACACAACAGGUAUGCAACCACUACAAACGAAUCAGAAACGAAACGAAUACUUUAGUGAGGCAAAUAAAAAGGGAACACUGGCAGAGUUUCUCAAAACAGAUGGAACACGACUUCUACGGAACACAAAAAAAAGUAUGGAGAAUGAUCUGAGGGCAAAGAAAGGAGAUGAACGAAUUAAAAAAGCGACACACAUUCAGAAGGAAACAUGGGCAGACGACAGACUACUUCCGAUCUCUAUUUGCUAAAGACGACGAUAAUGAACCACCAACACCUGAAGUUACGACAAACGAAGAAAUAAACAUCGAGGAAGGAGAGGUAAAGGAAGCAUUAAGAAAAUUAAAAAAUAGAAAAUCUCCAGGAGAGGACAGAAUAUCGAACGAACUUCUAAAGUACGGAGGACAAGAUCUAACUAAACAACUAUUAAAACGAAUACAAAAAAUAAUAGAACAAAACAGAAUACCACAAGAAUGGAGAUCAAGCAUCCUAAUACCUCUCUUUAAAAAAGGAGACAAAUCAGACCCGGAGAAUUACAGAGUGAUUAACUUAUUAAACACAACAUUAAAAUUAACGACAAAAGUUAUAACAAACAAAUUGAAUGAAAUUAUAACGUUAGCAGAAGAACAACAAGGUUUUAGGUCGGGAGGGUCAUGCACUGACGCUAUAUUUAUAAUGAGACAAGUUCAAGAGAAAUCGUUGGAAUACAACAAACCGGCAUAUUUAUGUUUGGUGGACCUUAAAAAAGCAUUUGACAGGGUCACAUUAAAGGACGUUAUCCACUUGUUAUACUCGAGAGAGUUACCUCUGGGAAUAAUUAAAACUAUAGAAAACAUCUACCAAAACAACACAAUAAAAGUAAAAGUGCAAGAUGAACUAACUGACCCAAUUGAAGCCGGCAAUGGGAUAAGACAGGGGGAUUCCUUGACUCCUUUAUUGUUCAACCUGAUCAUGGACGAAAUAAUAAAAAAAGUAAGAACUAAAAAAGGAUACCAAAUGGGAGAAAAAUAACUUAAAAUAAUUUGCUAUGCGGACGAUGCAAUACUAAUCUCUCAAAGUGAAGAUUAUUUACAACGUAUGCUGCACCAAUUCAACAUAAUCGCCAGAAAAUUUAACAUGUUAUACUAACUUGAGAGAGAAUGUUAAUUUCCUCAAAAAAGACAAAAUGCAUGGUUAUUACAGCAGAUCCAAUAGGAUGUAAAUUGGAGCUGGAAUGUCAGAUAAUAGAACAAGUGAUGGAGUUUAAAUACCUAGGCAUCACACUAUGUAGCUACGGAAGGCUCGAAACAGAAGUGGAAGAUCAAGUGAAUAGAGCAAACAGAGCCGCAGGUUGCCUGAAUGACACAAUAUGGAGAAAUGAAAAUAUCGGAAAAGAAAUGAAAGGCAGAAUUUACAAAACAGUAAUCAGACCAAUAAUGACAUACGCGGCAGGAACACGACCCGACACAGAGACGACAAAAAGAUUGCUCGAAACAGCGGAGAUGAAAACCCUUCGAAAAAUCGAUGGUAAGACUCUAUGGGACAGAGCUAGAAGUACAGAUAUACGACGGAGAUGCAAGGUGGAUAACAUUAAUAACUGGGUAAGAAACAGAUGAAUAGAAUGGAAUGACCACAUAAGCCGAAUGACAACAAAUAGGGUAGUCAGGACAGCGAGAGACGGUUCCCCAAUAGGAAGACGAUCAGUGGGAAGACGACGAAAACGAUGGAACGACAACUUACUAGAGGCACAUUGAAAAAACAGACAGAGUCAUGUCUAUACAAAAAGAAGAAGAAGAAGAGGUGUCAUAGGGCCACUGUGGUCGAAAAGUUUAAACAGGACCUUAUGGCAAGUGAUAUCUCGUUUGAAAAGCCUCCUAGUCGCUUUUGCAACCAUGUAUUUUUCGAAUAUUUUUCUACAGGGUUAACCAAAAUUAUGUACUUAGGAGGUUAGGAGACAUUUCAAAUCAUAGCGAGAUAUCACUUGCCAUAAGGUCCCUUUUAAAAUUAUCGGUCAAAAUGGCUCUGUAACGUCAUCUAUGACUAUUAGGUCACCUGUUAUGACUAGUUGAAAAACCUACGUCCGUUUAUUUCCUCCCUUCAAAUUUCACUAUUAUAAGUAUAACCUUUCAAAAGAUACGAGGUACGCCUGGGAAAUAAGGCAAAAAUAUACCAUGUUCGUAUACCAUAUACCUAAUGCAUUAUAAAUACAAAAAUGCCAGUCACAGUUCGGACGAGAAUUUUAGUUAUUAACUAAUAAGUGUCAAAAAUGGCAGUUUUUUCGUUUAAAUCGCCACAGGUAAAAAUAGGGUAAUUAAACAUCUUAUUUGUAGUAUCCUUGUUUUAGUAGAUGAGCAAAGGUUUAAAAUGGCAGUUUUUGAAUUUUGGUCUGAUCAUUUGUUGCUUCGGAAAUUUCAAAUUAAAACUAAAAUUUCGAAAAUAAAAAAUUUGCUAUAACUUUUGCGAAAAUGGCCUUUAGACUUUCAUAUUGCAUGAAAAGUUGAGUCAAACAGUCCAUAUAAUGCACAAAAAAGUUUAAGGCGAUUCGUAAAUUAGUUUAAAUUUUAUUCAAUUUGUUUAUCCCAAAGAAUUUUCCUCAAGAAAUUUUUGCAAUGUUAUUGUUCAGAAAAUAAGAAUGAUAUAGCAGUUCUGUGGAAACCACGUGAAAGAAGAAUAGUUAUAUUUUCAACAAAUUAAAAAAAAAUAAAAAAAGUCAUUUUUAUCAUUCCGAAAACAUUUUACUAAAGUAGUCAUUUUUGGCUUAUAAACAAUUUGAAUAACUUUGUUAAUAUUGACUCUAGAUUAAAACUAAUUUGGGAUUUGAAAAGCUAGUAUUUUUACACGAAUAUUCAAAAAAAACUUUUCGCCUAGGUUAAUUACGAUCAAAGUUUUUUUAUUUAAUUCACAGCUACUUUGUUUAUAAUAACUAAGCAACCUAACUAGCGCCAUUUUGAAGCUAAACGUAUAUAGUUUAUGUGUAAAGGUCUGAGUAAACUUUGAACUUUAACAAAGUGGUAACAAAUUUUUAAAAAUUACGUCCUAACGAAAUCGAUGGUCGUGGUCGGUGGAGGGGAAUUAUUAAAAUCCGUGCACUCAAAACAUGAAAUUGAUUCUUCAAACAUAUGCUGCGAUUAAUAUCUCCGGAGCUUGUUGAUGGAUUUUGAUCAUAUUUUUUUCAAUUUGUAUUCACUCGUAUUCUUGUAGAGUACGUUAUGUACACAUAUCCCCACCUAACAUUAAAAAUUGUUAGGGGGAACCCCCCUUAUCACACAGGGAUAUGAAAAAUAGAUUACGACCGAUUCUAAGACUUACCGAAUAUUCAUAUAUAAUUUCAUAAAAAUAGGUCAAGCGGUCUCAGAGGAGUAUGGCAACUAACACUGUGACAGGAGAAUUUUAUAUAUGUUAAUAUAUAAACGGCUAUUAAAAAUGGGGGUUGGUGAUAGAAGAGUGAAAAUUAAGGGUAGUAUGUAUUUUUUAAUUCUACACCAUAUAAAAUUAAGGUAGACAAUAUUGUCCAAAAAAUAAAAGAAAAUGUCAGGGGGCAACCCCCCUUAUAAUUUAUGGGUAUGAAAAAUAGAUUAGAACCUAUUCUCAGUCCUACAGGAUAUACGUGUAAAAUUUCAUAAAAAUCGAUCUAGCUGUUUCGGAGGAGUAUGGUAACUAACACUGUUACAGCAGAAUUUUAUGUAUAUAGAAGUAACUGUGAAUUAAAUAAUAAAAGUGGCUAACUUUGACCGGAUUUAACCUAGGCAAAAAGUUUUUUUUUGAACAUUCGUGUAAAAAUUCCAGCUUUUGAAAUCCCAAAAUAGAUUUACGCUACAGUCAAUAUUAACAAAUUUAUUCAAAUUGUUUUUAAGCCAAAAAUGACUCUACGUUAGUAAAAUGAUUUCGGAAUGACAAAAAUGACUUUUGAUUGAUUUUUUUAAAUUAUUUGAAAACAUAAGUGUUUUUCUUUCAUGUAGUCUCCAUAUAAUUGCUGUAUCAUGAUUAUUUUCUGAACAAUAGCAUUGCGAUAAAAAGCUGUUUGGGAUAAACAAAUUCAAUAAAAUUUAAACUAAUUGACAAAUCGUCUUGAAAUUUUUUGUGCAUGAUAUGUACUGGUUGUCUCAACUUUUCGUGCAAUAUCAAAGUUUUAAGUUCAUUUUCGCAAAAGUUAUAGUAAAUUUUUUAUUUUCGAAAUUUUAGUCUUAUUUUACAAUUAGCGAAGUACCAAAUGAUCGGAUCAAAAUUCAAAAACUGCCAUUUUGAACCUUUGCUUAUCUACUAAAAGAUGAAUGGUCUAAAUAAGAUAUUUAAUUAUCCUAUUGUUACCUGUAGCGAUUUAAACGAAAAAACUGCCAUUUUUGACACUACUUAUUUGUUAAUAACUAAAAUUCUCGUCUGAACUGUGACGGGCAUUUUUGUAUUUAUAAUGUAUUAGGUAUAUAGUACCCAAAAAACCCAUUUGCAACCUGGCUGCUCAAGUGUCCGGACAAAAACCUUAUUUCUCUGUACUAAGGGGGAUGGUACUUUGGCUAGCACUGUUUACAAUUUAGUACAGUAUUCGUAGUAGUAUUAUUGUAUGAUACGUUUGUUAUAAAUAUUUUGUCCGUACUAUUGAUAAUACCGACUAUGGUGCUUUAAUAUAAAUAAAUGUGAUCGUCUAUAUUAUUUUUGUUAGAAAAACGUUAAUUCUAAUCUUAGACAUAUACAGUACUGUUUUUUUAGUAUCGAUAUCGUUAUUUUAUGAAAUACACCCAGUUUUAAUUUUCUAACAAAAACCUUAGUUUUAGUCUUUUAAAUUAUGUAAUGAUUCCACUAAAAACAUUCCAACGUUUUGUCAUUUAUUGAAAAUAAUAAAGUGUGAAAUUAU